AAAGAAAGAAAAAAACAGAAAACAAAAAAAGAAAACUAAAGUAACUAAUUAGCGCGUCAGUGAAACGACGUCGUUUAGUGAGCUGCCCCGAGAUUUGGGAGCACUAUAAGAAGCGCAGUCAUCGUCUCGAUUCAUUUGCUGAUUUUGCAUGCUAUGCUCUCAUCUUUCCUUCUUACUUAUCUCUCAGCUUUGUAACGCAGGGUUUUCGAUUCUCAACUUGAAGUUUCAAAAAAACUCUUAAUUUAGCAACCAUUCUGCUUUCCCUAGCUGAAUUAUAAUUGCUUAUAUUGACUCGGCUACAUUCGAUUGCGUUCGAGAUCAGAAUUGAUUCUCUCCUAUAGUUAGCUCAGUAUUAAAUUGAUUUUCUACGGAUUCUUAGGUUUCAUGACCAGAACAGAGAAAAUAAAAGGGCAAAAAAACAAACUUUUGGCUAUUGAAAAUGCCUGCUAGUGCUGGGAACUCAAACACCUAUGAUAGAGAAGGGGAACCGUUUGUUGAAGUUGAUCCAACUGGCCGGUUCGGCCGUUACGAAGAUCUGCUUGGUUAUGGCGCCGUGAAGAAGGUUUAUAGGGCCUUUGAUCAAGAAGAAGGCAUUGAGGUUGCUUGGAAUCAAGUUCGACUGCGGAAUUUCAGUGACGAUCUUGUUUUGAUAAACAGGCUUCACUCUGAGGUUGAGUUGCUUAGAAACUUGAGCAACAAGUAUAUCAUUGUUUGUUAUAGUGUUUGGAAAGACAAUGAUCGCCAGAACAUCAAUUUCAUCACUGAGGUUUGCACUUCUGGCAAUUUGAGGGAAUACCGGAAGAAGCACCGCCAUGUUUCCAUUAAGGCGUUGAAGAAGUGGUCGAAACAAGUCCUUGAAGGGCUGGAGUAUCUUCAUACUCAUGAUCCCUGCAUUAUACACAGAGAUCUCAAUUGUAGCAACAUCUUUGUCAAUGGGAACAUUGGACAGGUGAAAAUUGGUGAUCUAGGAUUGGCGGCGAUAGUGGGGCGGAGCCAUGCAGCGCAUUCAAUUUUAGGGACACCAGAGUAUAUGGCACCGGAGCUGUAUGAGGAAGAUUACACUGAGAUGGUGGACAUAUACUCUUUUGGGUUGUGUGUGCUUGAGAUGGUUACAAUGGAGAUACCCUAUUGUGAAUGUGACAGUGUAGCCAAGAUUUAUAAAAAGGUUACAAUGGGAAUUAAGCCUCAAUCCUUGAACAAAGUCACAGACCCAGAGAUGAAGGCAUUCAUUGAAAAGUGCAUAGCACAGCCAAGGGCAAGGCCUUCAGCCACUGAUCUCCUUAAGGACCCUUUCUUUUCUGAACUCAACAAUGAUGAAGAAUAAUAUACCUAUUAGCUUUUUUUUUAUUGUUUUUCUCUUUUCCUUCAACUCUUUGCUUCCAAGUGUAAUUGCACCUAAGACUAAUUGUUAUAGCACAUGCAUUUUCCAAUCCAGUUUCACUAUACCAUUGAUGUACUUGUGACUUCAAUAGUAGAACGAGACUGAACUAGAGAGUAGAGACAAUAAUGUUGAAAUGAAACUCAACAUGAUAUCCCUUACCCUUCUAAUCAAGAAGCAUCCCAUGCUUACAUGGAAUUUUUCUACAAUUUAUUGUUAUUAUAUUUAAUUCA